UAUUAGGAUUGAUUUUACAUUUUAAAAAAAUAAUGUAAUAAUUUACAUUGGUUCUUCUUCUCACGUAUAUGUUGUUUGGUGAGUGCAUUGUUUUGUUGUCUGUGAAGGAGAAAAUGUACAAGACACAGUUGCAAGAGCUAUGCCACAAGAGAAGGUGGGGUUUGCCAAAGUACUCUGCCAUGAAAGAUGGUCCAGAUCACAUGCCAAGCUUUAAGGCUUCUGUUCAUGUCAAUGGUGCCACCUUCACUUCUUUGGGUGCCUUUACUUCCCUUAAGGAAGCUCAUAACCAAGCAGCUAUGCAUGCUUUCCUCAAUUUCUCUUCUGAUAUGGAUCAUUUUUGCAAAAACCAGCUUCAUAACAAUGCUCCAAAGAACAACCUUGACCCACCUGAAUUUACAUGUAAAAUUGAGGACCUGCCUUCUGACAGUCACUAUAAGGCCACAGUCCAAGUUAAUGUGCAAUCUUCUGAAAGCCCUGCAUUUUUCAACACAGCAAAAGAGGUAGAACAGGCUGCUGCACAACUUGAUUUAAUGCCAUUGUCACCUGACAUCUUUGAGAAGGGCGACUCUGAUUCAUUCAUGACUUCACUGCUGAAAUUAACUGAGAGAGAAGGCUUUUGCAAACCAACAUGUAAAACUAUGCAGGCUGGUUCUCCUCACAUGCCAACUUUCUUCUCUACUGUGGAAAUAGAAGGUGUGGAAUUUCAUGGAAAGGGAAGUAGAUCCAUGCAACAGGCAGAAGAGGAUGCUGCAAAGAUUGCUUACAUUGCAUUAAAAGGGUAUGAACUUUUGGACCUUUACUUGAAGGAGACUUCACUUGCUAAUGUCAAAAUUAGCAAUGAGGUGCAGAAUCCAUGUUUUCAACAGUCGCCUGAGGAAGAGAUAAUGGAUAACAGGUGUUCCUCGUCUUGUAAACCGGUUUCCAGUUCUUGACUAAAAUCAUUUCCACUUUCACAUGUUAAUGCUUCUUGUCUGACAAUUUCCGAGUCCAACAAGGCAAAGACUCCCACAAGUAGUUACUCGUUGUGUGACAAGUGUUUUUAAUUGUCCAAAUAAAAAAAAAAUCAAUAAAAUCAUCUCAUGAAAAACAGUUUGAAAGAUUAUAAUUUG